AUGUAAGACACGAAGUGAGUUGAUAUUACAAAGUAGAGGAAAAUAAAGAAUAAUACCGAUAUUACUUUCUUGGUUUACUGGAAAAAUGGAGGAUCAUAGCACUCACAUGUCAAGGUAUAAGUUUAAACAAUAAUAGCUCUAAAAAAUUAUCAGUUUUUACACAAAAAUUAAAAAUGAAUCGCGGGCAGCAGGAUUCCGAAGAGCAGGGCUCUCUAUCGGAGUACACGUAUACCUAUGGUAGCUCCACCUCAAUGGACAGGAGCACCAUUACCUUCAUUCAUCGACCUGAGAUCAUAGCCAAGGCUGGAACCAAACUGAAGCUGAUAGCCCUCUACGCCGAUCAUGAGUGCUUGUGGAAUCAGUUCCACAAGGACUUUUUCAAUCUGCCCCUGAAGGAUCGCAUUUGGGAGGCGAUUGCUGAGGAAAUGAAACCGGAUUCACCUCCUGAUUACUGGAAGCAUAUGAUAUACCGGCUUCGGUAUAGUGUGUCACUGCAGCGCAUCCAAGCGAUGGCAGCGAAGCACAUGGGCCAGACCCAAUCGAAAAAACUGUUCUACUCUGACAAUUUCCAGUUCUUAAAUCACAUGUUUAGUCGCGAAAAGAAGGAGCCUUCCAAGGAUCUUUCUUUGUAUGCUCCGUCGUCGGGAGUCACCCUAGAAAGGAAGUCGUCAAGAGGAGCAAAGCCCGUUCGCGAGCAACCUAAGCCGCGUGUCUCCAUCAUUAAGAAAAUGGCAACAUUCGAUCAACUGCGAAAUCACAGGCAUUCCAACUUGGUCCUCUCCCAGGAGGCGUUCCACAAAAUGCAGAGGGUAACCAGCGAAGGAGUCAAAGUAUUUGGCAAGACGAAGGCAAAGGGCAAAGGCAACAUUAAGGGGGUACAUGGAACUCCAAAAGAUCAUUAAAUAGCUUUUUCGUUUUAUUACAUUUCUUGUAUCAUCAUAA